AUGGCAAAGAGGACAGCUCAGAAAGUUUCGCGUGGAGAAGUACUAUCACCAUGAUGAGCCUAGUCUUUGAUAACAAAAACACUUUAUUAUUUAUUUGAUUUGUUGAAGCUAGUGGUAUUGUCGGGGUUUUUUAUUUUGUGCUUAAAACACUAGAAUAGUUGUAGUUUAUUGAAAUUUCAAACCGAAGGAAGUACAUCGAAAAUCGUAAGAUGCCACGAGGAAAGUAUACCAACCAUAAAGGUAAAAGCCGUCGUUUUACCAAUCCAGAGGAAAUAGAAGAACAGAUGAAAAGAGAAGAAAAGGAGAGAAAAUGGAGGGAAGAAAGAGGUGACGAAUCAAGUGAUGAAGGUGCUGCGGCAGCCAAAGAGAAGAAGAGCGACGCUUCAGGAUCUGAAUCAGAUUCUUCAGAGGAAGAUAGUGACGAGGGAAAAGCAAAAGGUGUUGGAAAUUUAAUUCAAGUUGAAAAUCCUAAUCGUAUACAAAAGAAAGUCAAGAAACUAUCGACAUUGAACGAAACUGUCAAAACAUCAACGUCCUCGAAACCUGAACUUUCCCGAAGAGAAAGAGAAGAACUAGAACGACAGAGAGCGCAGGCAAACUACCAGCGAUUGCACGCAGAGGGCAAAACGGAAGAAGCUCGCGCCGACUUAGCUCGCCUGGCAAUCAUCAAGCAACAGCGAGCUGAAGCAGCAAAGCGACGAGAAGAAGAAAAGAAACAAAAAGAAGCAGUGAAGCAGUCAAAGACUGCUCAAGUACAGAAGGCACUUGGGAAAAAGACAACUUGAUUUUGCCUAUGAUUAAGAUCUCACAUGAUUACCUUCAAACACUUUUGAAUAAUUGCAAUAAUUCUCAUUUUUAUAUACCGUAUUUCGCAUGUAUUUUCUUGCUGUUUAAUUCUCGAAAACCUCAGAUGGAUUUUUUUUUUUAUUGUUAAUGUAGGGUGUUGAAGACUGUUACUUUCAAUGCAGCCAGCUGAUGUACAUAACAUAAUAUGCAUCCUUAAAUUAAAUUUAGCAUUAUCAACUAGACUGCUAGUUAAAUUUGCGGAUUGUUUUUUGUUUUGUUUAUCUAGUUUUUACUUUAUGUAACUAAACCCUUUUUUGUAAUUUUCCCUGCUAACAAGAUUAAAAUUUGUUAAGUCCCUGGAGAAACUUCAUAACUGUUUUUUACUGUAGUUCAAUGGUCUUAUUUAUUAAUUAAUUCAUGAUGGUAAUUUUUUGAAUUUAAAUUGUAUACUGUGUGCUGUGUAGUUCAUUAAAUGCAAGAAAAUAUGGGAAUAUUUAAUUUUUGCUACACUGAGUUAUUACUGCACAGAUUUGAGUCAAAUUUGAUGAUAAAAAGUUUAAAAUUGCAUACAAACUUAAUUAUUUAAAUGAUAUUGGGAUAUUGCCUUUCUUCCUUUCAGCUGGUCAUACAUGACAUGAGUAAAUAUUAUCAGUAAAUUUAAGACUUGAAUCCACCAAUUUUAUAUGAGGAAUACACUUUUAAGUUGGCCAUACAAGUACACACAGAAGCGUAGAUUUGUGGACUCUUUUUAUGGCGUUAUCUUCCCUUUCUUUACCACUGUUUGCAACUUCUAGAUUGCUCUCAAAUAGUAGUUAUUGACUUGUUUGACUAUGGGUUACCCAGCAUUGUUUUCACAUUAACUUUUGUGAUGAAAGUGAAAGUUAAGCAGACUUAUAGCUAAGAUAACACAAAACAGUCAAUCAAAGCAGAUUAAAUUUUUUUUUCUUUUACUUCUGUAGUUUCAUUUUUACAGAUGUCCAGUGGUACUUGCGAUGAUGUAAUUUUAAAGUUAAAUUUUGUCUCUGUGAUCUUGAAUGUUUUAAUGAUAUACAAUGUAAAUAUUUUUAAAAAAAUUUAACUUAUUUGUAUGUAUAUAGAAGAUGAAUUUUGAAAAAAUACAUUCACACUUAAGCUACAAAAUUGUGGAUGCACUCUAGAGUUAAAUUUUCACUUCGCUUAUUAAUGUUUUUUUCCAGGACUUACAUAUUUUGAUUAAUUUAUCAUAGCCGCAACACUUAAAAUGGCAUUGAAUUGUUUUAAAGAUUUGAUUAAAAAAUUGAUGCUAAAUUUACAUAAUGAGCCCUAUGUUACCUACAAUGUAAAUCACCUUUCAGAUGAGGCACAAACAUAGAGCUGCAGAGUGAUGCAGGUGGGUCACUGCAUUUUUGUGAACAAAAGUAAAUACAACGGCAUUAAUUUAACAGCUGUUUGACUUGAUUUAGUUAAUGCACCCUCUCCUGCGACAUGGAAGAAAAACUUACCGUGGCCAUGUUUUCAAGGAAAAAACCAUUUAGAUUCAAUAAAGAUUAAAUUGAAUACACAGACAUAUACGAUGUUAUCCCCCAUUUUUUAACUGUUCACUGUUAAACCUGCAUCUAGAUUAAUGCCGGGCUUAAUGGUUAGCCACCCACAAGGAGUGAAGCUUGCCUUGCAUUAGCACUGCCUGGGGUGUUGUGAAGUCUCACAAGCUAAUUGUGUUUAUACAGCACUAAACUUAACUUGAUGUAGUUUAAUUAAACAUAUUAUGAUAAAAGUGCAUCCCCAGUAUUUUCGUUAUUUCUGAUGUGCAGCUGGCAUGUCACGAGGUGGCCCUCAACUGCUUCGAUGUCACGUGUGUUCCUUGCAACUUGCUUAAAAAUUUAUGUUCAAAAUGGGCACAUUUCAGACCAUGACACAAGGAAUCUUAUUUGUGUAUAAGCAGUUAAAUGGAAGAAAGUCAAUUUCUAAAGCCGCUGUUGUUGCAGUAAAUUGCCUUUAUAAGUAUCCAGCAGAUCCAAGUAAUUUUUGCCCAAUGCACCUGUUAGUGUAUGGCUAUUAUCUAACUUUAAAAUUGGCAGCACUGAAACAAUGUUUGAAUAUAAAACCAUACAAAAAUAAAUUACUAAUGAAAAAUGCA